UUUAUCUGCGAAUUAUAGAAAAAAUCAAAGAUCUCCUCCUCUCGAAGGCUGGGAUUGAAAAUUAGACUUCUGGCGGUCGCUGCUCAGAUGCUGCAGGAAGAAAAUGAGCAGAAGUUGAAGGAGAGAGAAGUUGCUCUGGCAGAGAGAGUUCCUCCUCUAAAUCUCUCUGGUCUGUCUUUGCAAGAGCUGCAGGACCUAUGCAAAGACCUGCACCACAAGAUCGACGUUGUAGAUGAGGAACGGUAUGAUAUUGGUCUCAAAGUUUCCAAAAACGAUAACGAGAUUGAAAACAUGAAUCUGAAGAUCACCGAGAUUCAGAGUAAGUUCAAGAAGCCAACCCUGAAGAGAGUGAAGAUCUCAGCUGAGGCCAUGCUGAGCGUCCUGCUGGGCGCCAAACACAAGGAGUCCAUCGACUUCAAGGCUAACCUCAAAACAGUCAAGAAGGAGGAGGAGAAGAAAGAGGAGGUGACAGACUGGCGUAAGAACGUGGAGGCCAUGUCUGGUAUGGAAGGCAGGAAGAAGCUGUUUGAUGCCUCUGGCAACUAAAAAAACAACCAUCUUUGACAGAAGACGUUUUCUCCUUUGAACUAAUUCUUACCAUUCAUUACUUUCUUAUCUAUAUCUUAUUGAUUUAUGAAUUGCUAGCAGGAUAGACACCUUUAAAACGCAGAGAGUCGUGGAAAAGCACCAGCUAAUAAUUUUAAUAGUGGCUGGGUGCUUCAGGUUUGUUUAAAUUUACACAUGGAACAGGAAAAAUUUUAGUACGCAUUAAAUACAUUCUAAAAUAUAUAUUGAGAGAACUGGAUAAUGAAAAAAUACUUACUUCAACAUACUUUUGGAAAGUUUUUUUUUUGCCAUUAACUGCGGUGUAUUAGUGAAGCAUGCGUUUGUUUGCAGCAGUUCUCCCUGCAGCCUUGAGAUGGCAGCAUCAUUCUUUCAAGUCAUCAAACCGCACUGAGAUACUGCAGUACAUUAUGCUGACAGAGGAGAAAUAUUGUUUGUUCAUCAUAAAUUAUCAAGUGCUAUUGUGUUAGCUGUUGUGAUGAACUGUCAUGUAAUUUAACAGACAUUUAAAAUGCAUUGGCUAUUAAAGCUAUUUCUAAAAAUAAAA